AUGUUCCUGUCCUUCGUUUUACUCAUCUCCUUUUUUGACUCGCUUGUGCUCGCCAAUCGAUUAGGUAAAUUUCUUCACUGUGGUUUAUCAAAAUGAGUCAUUUGACAUUUUGAAGGGUCAUACUUUAUGAAAACAGGUCUCGAAUGUUUUUGAGAAGGGUAAUCACUCUAAUAGGAACGUCAGAAUUUUUUGAAAAUUCCCAAAAAACUUUAUUUUAUGUACGAGAUGAAGGUGAAGGAUGAAGCUGCGAAAUUUCUUCUUUUUUGAGAAAACAAGAUCCAAACUUCUGGGAAAAUUUUUAGUGGCCAUUGUAGGGUUUUGAAGUUUUAGUGACCACCAUAGCAGUCAAAUUAGUGGCCACUUAAGGGGUGAACAGUUAGUGGCCACUAUAAAGUUCUAAGUGCUACUACUAGGUCACUAAAAAUUUUAGUGGCCACUUAAGGGGUGAAUGGAUCAACAUAACUGGUCCAAUAUGUUUGUUUUAAAAUUAUCAGAGUGACUGGAAGGAACACUGGAUGAAAAAACUACUGAAGUGGCCAUUAAAUAGAGAUCCUCUAUCACUAAGAAUAACUGCCGAGAUAAACGCGAGACACUGGCGGUACAUUGACGAGCUCGCAAACAUCUCGCUUUUUUUCUCGCGCCGGUCUCGCAUUUUUCUGGGCGCGAGCUCGCAUUUUUCUAGGCGCGAGCUCGCAUUUCUCUCGCAAUUUGAAAAUUUCCGAAAUGCGAGAUAAAUGCGAGAUGGCGCCAAGAAAAAUGCGAGGUCGCGCAGAAAGAAAUGCGAGAUCGCGCCUAGAAAAAAGCGAGAUGUUUGCGAGCUCGUCAAUGUACCGCCACCGACCUCGCGUUUAUCUCGUCAGUUAUUCUUAGUGAUAGUGGCCACUAGAACGGAAAAUAGUGGCCACUGCAGAGGUCGGUUUCGUGUCCUCUCCAAGUAGUCCUUGGUGAGCCUCUACAGUGGCCACUAAAAAUUUUCGCGAAGAAGCAUUUCCAUGAGAAAAACUGAAAAACAGGUUUUUUUAAAUGAAAUCGAGAGGCUCUAUAGGGUCUACUUGAGCUUUAGGGGUUCAGGCGUCGAACUCUAAACCCCUAUAGAGGCCACUUGAGCAUUAGGGGCUCUGGGUUCGAAAAACCCCUAUAGAAACCACUUUUUCGGUCCCUUCAGGGGUUAUUUUCCUUCCAACCCCUACAGAGACCCCUCUGGACGUCCUUUCGGGGCAAAGUUGGGCCAAGUGGUUUUUCGAUUCGAGUAAUUUUGAAAAAGUUCAGAAAUUCGCGCAUGCUGCACAAACUCAACGGAGAAGCCAACUCCUACCUCGAUUCAGAACUGCGUCGGAUUCGAGAGAGCCGAGGAUCUUUUCGGAAUCGCCUGCUGCGACACGACACCUUUUAACAGUUUUUCGAAUCUUUGCUGUUCAGGAGUCGUGAGGCAACGGAAUAAAGGUAUUUAGCAGGAAUUGCUCUUGGAAAAAUGUUCUUGAGGCGGUUCUUACGCAGAGUUAUGUUGCGGACGAGAAGUUUUGCGGUAUGAUCAAACGUGCUGCGAGGGAGUCGUCAGUUUGAGCCUAGGAAUAAAGCUGAUGAGAGUCUUGUCCAGGUUCAUAACAUGAUCAACGGCGACUGCUGCGGCAAAUCCGUGUACUCCAAGUUGGACUCGACCCAUCGCUGUUGCAACCAGACCCUCACGAGGUUUUUCUAACCUUUUUCUUCAAAUACUCGGAAAAACAGGAUGAGCACGGCCAACGACGUCUGCUGCGGCGCCACAGUCUACGACGGCGGCCAUCGACAAAUUUGCUGUGGCGAGCAGGUACGACUGAGGUCGAGGAGCCCGAAAGUGGAUGGUUUCAGGUUUUCGAGAGGUCACAGUUCGACUCCUGCUGCACGCUCAACGACGACAGCCAGGUUCCCUACAAGGCGGAGACGCACUUUUGCUGCAAUGGCGCCGUCUCCCGAUCUUCCAGCACCUCUUGUUGUUACUUGAGGAUCAACAACGUCCUCGUCACCCAGGUUGAAAACUAUAUAUUCAAUAAAAAGGGUCUGCAGAUAUCACUGACUACUUUUUUCACGGUCUGUUACGUCUACACUUUAACUUUUGUCUUAGGAACUCCAGAGGGGCCCCUAUAGGGGCAAUCUUUGAAGGGUCCCAUCUAGGAUAUAAUUUUGAUAGAUUUUGAGAGUAGAUCAGUGGGUAUUUUUGAAAUUUUGAUGAAGGAUGUUUUAAUUUUUCUCUGCGAACAACUUAUAAUGUUGUAGACUCACUUUUUGAGAGAUUAAUAAUUUUUAUAAUUCAGCAAUACGACAGAACAAAGUUGUGCUGCCGCUACCCUUAUGAUCGACUCUAUCCAAUCGGCGCCGAUGGUUCUUGUGUGCCAUGAAUCUUCAUAUAAAAUUUUAAAUUCAAUUUUUCGCAAAUUUAAAUGAACCGAGGAGUGUUUUCGUACGCGGCUCUUGGUGGAAAAUUUUUUUUUGUUUUUUUUUUCAUGUUUCCGUAGAUUUUUGAUCAUUUUUUCAUAGUUAACUUUUAACAUGCAUGUUGGACAGUAUAAAAACUUUUUUUUACAUAAUUUCAUUACGAUAGCUUUCAAACGUGAAUUUUUCCGUCGAAUGGCGCGUCACAACCGUAAAACUUCAUUAAUGAAAAACAAGUUUUUAAUAUGCUCAUAUCGCCUUUUGAUUCGGAGAAAAUUGACUGUAUAUUUCUAAAAAAUUGCUCUUCUUUUCUUUUCAUACGGAAAACAGGCAGGGGCGGAAGGUUCGAAAAUAGAAAUGUAGAAAUUUUUCUUCUAGGGCGAAAGAGGCUCCUUUUUUGCUGCCUUUUUGCGCCAAUUUAUCAGCUCUUAUGUACCAUUUUUGUUGCCUCUCUCUUUUUUGACCAUUUUUUGAGCCUUUGAAAUCCCAGAAAAAAAAUGGAACAUUCGAUAGACUCUCUUUGCUACCUUUUGCUGCCUCUUUGCGGCCAUUCUGCGACCUUUUUGUUGCCCUUUUUGAACCUCUCUUUUUUAGCGGCCAUUAUCCACCAUUCCGAGCUUGCCUGAGUGUUCUAUUUUGCGAUUGAAAUAAUCAAAAAGCUUUCUUUUACAACUUUGAUUGAAAAAUUUUCGUCUUUCCCAAAAGUUUUCAUUUUUCGAAAAAAAAUUGGAUGUGUAAAACUACCCGUAAUAUGCGUCGUUACUUGGCUUGAAGACGUCGCGAAGCUUUUUGCCCUUUUCACGUUCUAACGUCAGAUAUUACGCGCGGUUGAGCAAUGCCUUCCAAGUGACUCGUUUGUGACAGACCUUUUUUUUCUUUUCGGUGUAAAAACCAUUUUUAUUCGCUCAAUGAUUAAAAGGCUUAUUUGGAGAAUGGCAACUCGAUGAAAUAAUUAAAUCCCUGAUGAGCUAAUUGAAAAACUAUUGGAUUCGCCUGGGGACCACCAUUAAAGGCUCAGGCCAGGCAUACAUAAAAACACCUGGGAUACGAUGAAAUGAAUAAAAAAACAACUAUGAUUUUCACAUACAUAUUAGAUGAUUGUUUGGAGCAAGAUACUCAAAACUUCACGGUGUUUUCCGUUUGAAAUAAAGCUUCAGGCUACGACGAAAGAAACUUGAGAAAAUUGGCUUCUGGAGAAGCUUCUUUGCAUGCAAAUGUUGCAUACGAGAACACCCGCUGCGACAAUUUAUGCACGUCGGACCGUUCUCAAACCGGCGCCACCAUGGCAUUUGAGCAACUGAGAACUGAAGAUCCUCACAAGAAUGUCGUUCUCAUUAGCUUGCGUUCCGAGAUAAGGGAACGCUGA